CGGCGGUCCGGAUGGGCCGUGAAGGCAGCAGCAGCUCUCCUCUCUAACUGUAUCGAUGAAGUUGCUUCAAAGAUGGCGGACUUCCUGCCGUCCCGCUCCCUGCUAUCGCUCUGUUUUCCUAACUGUUUCCUCACGAGCGGAGAGGCAGAGCAGCUGCGGAAGUCUAAGGAGAUAGAUAAAUGCAUCCACCGAGAUAAAACCUACGUUAAAAGGUUAGUAAAGAUCUUAUUGCUGGGAGCGGGAGAGAGCGGCAAGUCCACGUUCCUCAAACAGAUGCGGAUUAUCCACGGAGAGGACUUCGACCAGAAGGCCAGGGAGGAGUUCAGGGCCACCAUCUACAGCAACGUUAUUAAAGGUAUCCGGGUGCUGGUGGAUGCACGGGAAAAGCUCCACAUCCCAUGGGGGAACCCAUCCAACCAGCAGCAUGGAGACAACAUGAUGGCGUUCGAUACCCGUUCCGCCGUGGCCCAUGGUCGGGGGAUGGUUCAGCCCAAAGUGUUCCAGCACUACCUGCCGUCUAUCCGCGCUCUGUGGGCGGACCAAGGCAUCCAGAACGCCUACGACCGCCGCCGCGAGUUUCAGCUGGGCGAGUCAGUCAAGUAUUUCCUGGAUAAUUUGGAAAAGCUUGGGCAGUCGGACUACCUCCCCAGCCAGCAGGACAUCCUACUGGCCAGGAAACCAACCAAGGGUAUCCACGAGUACAACUUUGAGAUCAAGAACGUUCCUUUCAAAAUGGUGGACGUUGGUGGCCAGCGCUCGGAGAGGCGGCGUUGGUUUGAAUGCUUUGACUCGGUCACUUCCAUCCUCUUCCUUGUCUCCUCUUCUGAAUAUGAUCAGGUGCUCAUGGAGGACCGGCAGACAAACAGGCUGAGCGAGUCGCUCAACAUCUUUGAGACCAUCGUCAACAACAGGGUCUUCAGCAACGUCUCCAUCAUCCUGUUCCUCAACAAGACGGACCUCCUGGAGGAGAAGGUGAAGCAGGUUUCUAUCAAGGACUAUUUCCCCGAGUUCUCUGGCCAUCCCAGCAGCCUGGCUGACGUUCAGAGCUUCCUGGUCGAGUGUUUCCGCAGAAAGCGCCGCGACCAGCAGCAGAAGCCCCUCUACCACCACUUCACCACGGCCAUCAACACGGAGAACAUCCGGCUGGUGUUCCGGGACGUCAAGGACACCAUCCUGCACGACAACCUGAAGCAGCUAAUGCUGCAGUGAGGGAGCAGACCGGGACUCGGACCUGAACCCGGACCGGGACUCGGACCUGAACCCGGACCGGGACUCGGACCUGAACCCGGACCAGGAGGAGAACAGGAGCAGGUUUCUCAGUGCCUUCAUGCAUCCUUCUGCUCCUGUUGAACUCAGACUGUGUAUUAAAGUCACCACUACUGCGGCCACGCCCCCCUCACCCUCCGCCUUAACGAGCUCGUUGGCUGUGACUGAGAGCCCCCCCUCACCCUCCGCCUUAACGAGCUCGUUGG